CAUUUUCACUAAUAUGCUUUUUUACAUAACGUUUUGAAGAAACCCAGAGAACAUAAUUGGAGAAUCAUCAAAUUCAAAAUCAUCCGGGGCUUACUUUCUCCGAACAAAUUCGCCGUCGGAACUAUCGCUGCUAAGUGGUAAUUUUCUGUGUAUAAAUGUCGAGUAGCUCGGGAAGUUUCUCAGGAAGCAGUAGCUCGGCUUGUAGUUCCAGAAGCGAUUGCGAAAACUCGUUUGAUGCUGAAGAACUUGUGCAGAUAGGCUCACGACGCAGGGAGCUAAGGAAAGAAAAGGACAUGCUGAGAGAUUCGCAGCCUCAUAGUAUCGAAUUAGUCAGAAGGUUGGAACUCCACUCAAAGUCAUUGACAGAAUCUCGCUUAGAAGACACGGCUAGAAUUCAGACGAUGGAGAAAGAGUUGUUGAAUUGCUAUAAGGAAAUUGAUUGCUUGCGAGAUCAACUAAUUUUCAAAAGCAAGGAAGUGAAUUAUCUCAAUGAACAUGUGCACGAACUCGAAUUCAAAUUGGCUGAAUCAGGGAACUUUGAAGAAGAAGUUGACUGUUUGAGAGAGGAGUUGUGUAUAUCUAAAUCCGAGCAUCUGUUGUUGUUGCAAGAACUCGAGAGCAAAGAAACAGAGCUACUGUGGUCGUCUCUUUCUGUAGAGAAACUCGAGGAGACCAUCUCAUCCUUAACAUUAGAGUCAUUGUGUGAAAUAGAAAGCAUGAAGCUUGAUAUAACAGCGUUGGAGCAAGCACUCUUUGAUGCAAUGAAAAUCCAAGAAGAAAGCAUCCAAGAAAAAGAUCAAUUAAGAGGAAUAAUCAAAGAGGUCCAGUUUCUGUCUCAAGAGGCACAAGAGAAUGCCAAGUCCUUUGAGAAGCAAAACGAAGAGCUGAGGGAGAGAAUUGCCGCCUCUGAAAGGAGUAUCAAAGAAUUUGUUCAGAGCACUAAAGAACGGUUAGAAAGUGAAAACGAACAACCCCUAAAUGCAGAGUGUUUCUAUGCUGAACUGAGUCAUGUGCUUCCAGUGUCCAAUGAAGUUCGCGUAUGUUUCGAUGCAAUCAUCCAGAAACUAAGACUUUCCCGGAAUGUAAACUCGAUUGAUAAAAUGGAGGGUAUGAGGCUGCAGGAAGAAGAUCUUGUGAAGAAGCUCAAGGAAGAAUUGAAACAGGAGAAACUAAAGGCGAAGGAAGAAGCCGAAGACCUUACGCAAGAAAUGGCUGAAUUAAGGUAUAAGAUGACAUGUUUGCUUGACGAAGAACGCAAACGCCGUGUGUGCAUAGAACAAGCAUCGUUACAGAGAAUCGCAGAACUAGAAGCACAGAUCAAGAGAGAGACGAACAAGCCCUCUUACACUGAGAUGCUGCCUCUAUCCGGGUUAUUGAAAAAGUCUUGAGCUUUGAUGUUUAGCUUUACCCAAUUCACGCAUCUUCACAUUUCUUAGUCUCAUCUAUGGAUUUUCCGAGUAAUAGCAACUGCUUAAGCGUGCUUGGCUGGUGAUCGAAAAUCGGGAUCUUUUAUUACACCUCAAAUGGUUGGAUGGUCAGGAAUCCAGAGACUUGAAGUGGCUGGAGAGAAACAACAGAGUUUCGUACUAAGAAACCUCAGUGUUCUUCGUCUUCUUCUUUUCUGGGCUCUAUUCGCUUAUCCAGGUCUGAUACAAUGUUUGGUUUGAAGAAAUCCCGGGAAAGACGUUCCAAGCAUAAGCCGGCUGAUUCUGGAUUUCACCCACCUUCCAAAUCUAAUCCGUUUGAUUCUGAUGAUGAAUCGGAUGAGACUAAACACAUCUUCAAGCCAUCAAAUAGGAUUUCCCCUGAACCUUCUGCAGCCGCUAAGAAUUUCAGCUUCAACCCUUUUGAUGAUGAUGGUGAUGACGAUGAGGUUGAGAAAGGAUUCACUUCAUUGUCGAAACACUCUUUGACUGCGGAUGCAAAGAGUCGGUACAGAGAUGAUUUACGUGACUCAGGAGGUGUGGAAAACCAGACGGUUCAGGAACUUGAGAGCUAUGCUGUGUACAAGUCUGAGGAAACAACCAAGACCGUGCAAGGGUGUCUGAAAGUAGCGGAAGGCAUAAGGUCAGAUGCAACCAGAACUUUGGUCAUGUUGAAUGAGCAAGGCGAGAAAAUGACGAGGACACACCAAAAGGCUGUUGACAUGGAUCGUGACCUUAGUCGGGGUGAGAAGAUUCUUGCGAGCCUUGGAGGCAUUUUUUCAAGGACUUGGAAACCAAAGAAGACUCGCUCGAUAACCGGUCCUGUCAUAUCCAGAGUUGAAUCCCCCAAGAGAAAAGUUAACCUCUUGGAGACUAGGGAGAAGCUGGGGUUGAACCAUCUGCCUAAACCACAAUCAAGAACCCGUGAACCUCUCCCUGAGCCCGCUGAUGUCUAUCAGAGAGUAGAGAUGGAGAAAGCAAAGCAGGACGAGGGACUUGCAGAUUUGAGUGAUCUACUCGGCGAACUGAAGAACAUGGCUGUUGACAUGGGAACUGAAAUCCAAAGGCAAAACAGUGGACUUGAUCAUCUUCAAGACGAUGUCGACGAGCUUAACUUCAGAGUGAAACAAUCCAACCAACGGGCUCGCCGUUUACUCAGGAAGUAAAAGCAGCCAGAAGAACUUUCUUCAUAACCAGACUUGUCAGCUUCUCUAUUCUCUUGAUUGAAUUUGUUGCUUUUAGUCAUGAAUCUUCUCUGAGCAUAGAUUUCAAUGUUUUGAUUCUGAUGUUAAUAAAGUUGAAACAUUUGACUCCAAAAAAAACUGCAGAAUCCUCUGACAUUAACAAUCAAAGACAAUAGUUAAAACAUUUGACUGCAAAACCACCGUCACGUUCAUCAGAAUCUAACCACUAACAAAUGUUCAGACAACAACCUUUAACAGAAUCAGAUCAAGAACCAGAAGAAGAAUAGACAAAGGACAUGAACUCUUGAUCUGAUUCCAAAGCUUCCAUAAACUGUGGAAGAAGACAUACUUCCAAAUCUAUGCUUCCGCCUCCUUCUCUUCCAGGAUAAGCUGAUGCCUUCCCGUCGUACUUACUGUUAUAGCCGCUUCUAGCCGCCACCGCUUUCCCCAUCCCAAACUCACUGCCGUACUUAUUAAACCUCGGCGAGCUUCCCAUAUGAACAAGGUUCGGAUCGGAAAAUCCCGCUGAUUGCAAUUCUAAAAGAGAGUUCAACCAUCCAUCCACUUGGGAAGCGAUUGCUUCGCCAUUGUGUUGGGUUACAGCUUGAUGCAGUUCCAAAGCAGCCCAUCCAAACUCUUUCCCCAACAGAUUACCAAUUUUCGUAGUCUUAAUUGCAAGAGAGACGUAAACACCAAAGUGAUUCGGCGGCAAUGGUGGGCUCAUUCUUGAUCUGUUUCCAGCAGAGAACCUGCAAGUAGUUUCUUGAUCAUUUGGUAACUUUCUUGCUCUUGUUAUGCUUCUCCACAUAAAUGCGGCUAAGGACUGAAAAGAAGAGAUCUUUGUUGUUCCGCAUUCUUGAUUCGCCUUUGACUUUAGUGAUUUCAGUGUCUCUGCUGAGAAAUGGAACAUUCUCUCUUUCAAAACCGGAGACUCGGAUCGGGGAAUGGACUCAUCAAGUGGACUGAAGGGAAGCCUGCAAAUAGGACCGUUCACUUCACGAAAGAUUGGAGGAUUCUUGAGACACAACAAUGUACUGUCAUGUGAAUUGAAGGUCUCGGACAAAGAGUUGAAGAACUGCCAGAAGGAACUUCCAUCUCCAAUCGAAUGAUUCAUAGACAUUCCUAUGAAAACUCCAUCUACCAACUCUGAUAAGAGACUCAUGGUUUGACCAUCGAUAUCCACUGCUUUGUGAUGAUCAAAGAAUGAUUGAACAACCAAAGGAACAUAUUUGGACCCAACAAUGUCUGCUACACUUAGAUCUGAUUGGGCAUGGAUAAAUCCAGCUCCAGGACUGUUAUUACAGUCCACAAACACCGAAUAGGAUCUUGCAUCAUCGGUUUUCAAAGUCGAGAGGCGACCCGCGAGCGGAUAGAAAUGGACAAGUGUUAUGGCUAGAGAGUCUUUAAGCUUUUCCAAAAAUGGCCCCAUGAAGUCUUUUGCUUUGACUGCAUCAUCAGAGUCAGAUGUUAUUGAUGGUUUGAGAAAGAGAAGACCUUUCUGGAUGUAUUGGACCGAGAGCAUCACAUGAUCCAUUGCUGAAAGAUGGUAUGGCUCUUUUGAUUUUUCAUGGUGAGUUUUGGGUUGGACGAAGCAUUGCGAUAUAAUCUCCACUUCCGACAAAGAAGAAGAAGAAACCAUUUUUUGCUACUUUUGUUUAUUUCUUUCAAUGUUUCUUUGCUUUUUUCUCUCAAUACGAUAAAA